AUGGGCCCAGACACAUCUACAUCUACAUCUGCGACCGCAUGGCCAUUUUUCAAAGCACUAGGCAAUGCAAAGCUCAAAUUCCUCGCUGUAUUCCUAACUGUCUCGACAAUCCUCCUCCUCACACUAUACUCAAGUGGCUUAUCAGAAAAAAUCUCAAUUGGCGCUAAAAACGAGCUCGCAAACGAGCAAGACUACUGGACAUGGGAAACCCGAACCCGAUUCCAGAAAUCCUCGUCUGUCAAUGACGGCGAUUCCACAAAUAACUCGCAAAACGCAACCUGUGACACCUUCCCCUCAGACGUGCUCUCGCGCGUUCAAAUCAUCUUAAAAACCAGCGCAACCGAAAACCCAGACCGAGUCAAUACACACAUGGCCUCUGUAACGCGCUGCAUUUCCAACUUACUAGUCGUCUCAGACAAAGAGACCGAAAUACAUGGCCAUCAUGUACACGAUAUCCUAGCCGAUCUACCAUUCUCAUCCCGGAAUCAGAUCCCGGAGUUCGAAGGGUAUGAUGCUUUACAGCGCGGCGAGAACAAUAUCACCGGCGCAGCAGGGUGGAAACUCGAUCGAUUCAAGUUCCUGCCCAUGGUGGAGCGGGCUAAGAAAGUGAAUCCUGGUGCGGAGUGGUACGUCUUCCUCGAGACGGAUACUUACUUCGUGUGGGAUAAUCUGUUCCGAAUGCUGGAGCAGUUCAAUUCAUCGAUUCCUCUGUAUAUGGGAUCUCCUGCGCCGGGCCGCGAUAUUGAUGGGAAAGUCAUUUGGUUUGCGUACGGUGGUUCGGGCUUUGUGUUGUCCAGAGCUGCAGUUGAUACGUUGGUUGCGCGAGAGAUUGGUAAAUAUGGACAGUUUAUUGGACAGUCGCUUAGCGAGCAGUAUAUGCAGGCUGUGACGGACGACUGCUGCGGCGACUCUGUGCUUGGAUUCGUGCUGUACGAGAAGGGUAUUGAGUUGUCUGGGAUGUGGCCGAUGUUCAAUGCGCAUCCGUUAGACUCGAUUCCAUUCGGUGAUGACCAGCAUUGGUGUCAGCCUGCGAUUAGUAUGCAUAAGUCGAAAUUGAGUGAUAUGACCGGGUUGGCGGACUGGGAGGAUCAGCGGGAUAGGACGAAACCCCUCCUAUACGCGGACUUGGUUGACUACCACGGCCUCGGAAAGUUACCAGAACGGAAAGGAUGGGAUAAUGGAGCCUGGGGUGGAAUCAUCGAAUAA